AAAACAAUACUGCCAUGUCGUUUAAUGUUACACCAUUUAUAUAUUUAUUACUUCGGUUUUCAUUCUUGUAACGAUAUUUACGUCUUUCCAAAACCAGCUAUAACAGUUGGCAAGUUUUUGCUUUUUUACAAAGCUGUUUUUAUAAUCGCUUAAUCCAAAACUGUUAUCAUUCCUAGGAAGCAUAAAACAAACUGUAAUUACAAAGUAGUGACCAUCGAGGAGAUAACACAAGUAAUCCAAAAUCUCCUUAGUAUCAUUCUUAGUAUAUAGUUUUUCUAUCUUUCUCUGAAAUUUCAGACUUUUGAAUAUCCUUAUUCAUUUCAUCUUGUUUCUUACAAGACAAUUUUGUUGUUGAUCUUUUAUUUUUUGAGUCACAUAUUUCUAGUUAUAACAUAAGUUAGGUAAGUUUUUUUUUUUGUUUGGAAAGUUUCAUGUUUAUGUUAGAAAAAAUGAAGGGUUCAAAUAAUCAAUACCAAUCAAAUUAUGUUUCAAAGAUUUUCAAUUUUCAACUCCACUUUAUUAAUUUUCUCACCUAUGUUCUAGUUUUGACCUUUGGUUUAACACUUGGGAUAAUUUUGAGUUUCUAUCUUAAAGAGUGUAGUUUUAGUCUGCAAUUCACUCAGUUAUCGCUUUCUUCUAUACCGAAAACACCUCCGUUGCCACCGCCGAUUGCGGUGAAACAAGAACGUAUAGGAUUGAAGGAGUUUCUUAAGGUUCCUCCAGUUAUGCAUGAUAUGGAUGAGGAAGAAUUGUUAUGGAGAGGUUCGAUGACAGCGAAAAUAUCUGAAUAUCCUUUUGAUCGAGUUCCGAAAGUUGCUUUCAUGUUUUUGACAAGAGGUGCUGUGUUUUUGGCACCUUUGUGGGAGCAGUUUUUCAAAGGACAUGAAGGGUAUUACUCAAUUUAUGUUCAUUCUAAUCCUUCUUAUAAUGGAUCACAUCCUGAGAGUCCUGUUUUUCAUGGUAGGAGAAUUCCGAGUAAGGAAGUUAAAUGGGGCGAUGUGAACAUGAUAGAAGCCGAGCGUCGCUUACUAUCAAACGCACUUCUCGAUAUCUCGAACCAACGAUUUGUUCUACUAUCAGAAUCCUGUAUACCACUCUUCAACUUCUCGACCAUUUACACUUACUUAAUAAACUCCACAGAAAACUAUGUCAUGGCUUUUGACGAUCCUAGUCCGGUCGGUCGUGGCCGUUAUAGCAUCCAGAUGUUACCUGAGGUUUCCCUCAGGCAAUGGAGAAAAGGAUACCAAUGGUUUGAAAUGGACAGAGAGCUUGCUCUAGGAGUUGUGUCAGAUAGAAUAUACUUCCCAGUUUUUCAAGAUUAUUGCAGAGGUUCAUGUUAUGCAGAUGAACAUUAUUUGCCAACUUUUGUUAGCAUAAAGUUUUGGGAAAGGAAUUCAAAUAGAAGUUUGACUUGGGUUGAUUGGUCAAGAGGGGGUCCACAUCCAGCUCAUUUUUUAAGGUCUGAUGUAAAUGUUGAGUUUUUGGAGAGACUGAGGAACAAGAAAUGUGCUUAUAAUAAUGGAUACAGCACCAAUGCUUGUUUUCUGUUUGCUAGGAAGUUCUUGCCCAGUACUUUGUCAAGGCUCUUGAAGAUUGCCCCUGAGGUUAUGCAGUUUGAACACUAUGAUAAGCCCAAAAAACAUAAGCUAUCUUUUAAACCAAUUAUUUGAUUCUUUUUUCUUUCAUCUUGUAAGUUUUUUGUUGUCCAGUAUAGAUAUACACACAAACUCAUUUGACCAAUAUAGUUAAUUUCUUUCAUGGAUAUCUGUUAAUGUGUUUUUCAUUCAGAUCUUGAAUCUUUUUUACAGAAAAAUCAAAAGUUUAGGGGCUCAAAGGGUAUUUAAGGGCAAAACUCUAAACUUUGCCAGAAGUAUAUUGUGCUCAAAAUCGAGUGUUUAGGGUUUAGUUUGAAUGAAUGAUUGUCUUUUCCUUCAAGAUUAAUGCUACUCAACUAGGGUGUCUUCAUCGAACUUGCAUACACAAUAGUAUGCUUCGACCCUAUUUGGAUCGAGUGGCCGUGACAUGAGCCAUGUCAAGCACGGGGAGGCACCAAUGUAUCAUCCAAGUAUUAGGAAGUGGACCAAAUACAUCGGGGAGGUCCAAAAACUUCUAGUUAUGAUCAGACUAGACCAAAAUCUUAAUACAGUCAGCCAGUCAGGUUGGGGGAAGCUCCAAGACUCAAUUUAUGUAUUCACCUAUUAUCUGCUAA